UAAAUUAAUGCGCUUCGCCUGCCUUGACUAACGUACUUCGUGAAGACGGAAGGAUCAGUCGACAGCCGCCUUACAAAGAACAGGAAUAAAAUUGACCAAAGUUUAUGAACUCAAAGCCAAAAUUGAGGCUCACCUCGCGAACACGUCAUUUGGUAAAGAAACUGUUUUGAGUGAUGGCAGCAAGCAAAGAGGAACCGAAUAGAACGGUCGAGGAUAAGACGGAGGAUUUACAGAAAACUGUGGACCAUGUCGUGCGAACAUGGAAAUUGGUGAACAAAGAUGCUUCAAAGCACGGGAUUGUGUUUUACAAAAGACUUUUCACCACACAUCCCGAGGUUAUAAAAUUGUUUUCAUUUUCGUCUGAAGUAACGGAGCAAAUGGAGGAUAGCCCAGGUUUACAAACACAAGCAAAUUUACUCAUGUCAAUGAUCGACUAUGCCGUGAGUCAGUUGGGUAAUCUUCCUGAACUCGUUCCACGAUUGCAAGAGCUUGGUGCAAGACAUUUUGUUCAGUACAGCAUUGAACCCGAGUACUUAAAGCCUGUUGGUGAAUGUUUGCUUUGGACUUUAAAACAAGGUUUGGGAGAAUUGUUUACACCGGAAGUCGAGAUGGCUUGGACAUCGAUUUAUAAAAUCAUCGCUGACACUAUGAUUGAAGGUGGCAAGGAGGAGUUAGGCAAUGCAUCUGCGCGUGAAUGA